AUGAGCACCUCGAGGAUGGAACGGCCAGGUCGUCGCGCUAAGGCUGGCUCUCUGAGCGGUCUGUCUGGGGGGUUGCCAAGCGUACCGUCGGCCACCAGUGGUGUUCGACGUCAGCGUUCCCUAGAAUGGGGAGGCGACAGGUACAGCAGCAGCGACGACGACCGUCCCCCGCAGCCCCCACCCCUCGCAGACAGGGUGUUCGCGUCGCUUCUCGCUCAGGCCACGCAACAGUUCGACAGUAAGUUUAGCAUGUUAUUAAUCUUAGAUAUUAAAUCCAAGCGUAAUAUGAUAUUGAGGUUAAACUAG